AAAACAACCAGCACGCUUUUAUUUCAACUAGUUCACCUGUCCCAAGCGUGAAGAGUUCAUAUAGAAAAAGUAAUCAUGGUGUCUUUAGAAACUAUUGCGGGUAUAGCGAUAAAAGUGCUUAAACUGGUUAUUAAUCUCAUAAUCCUGAUCCUGUAUCGAACAGGAUACCAAGGGGAAUUCCUGGGUGUUGGAGGAACAUGGAACUUGAACGAAGACAAAAAUCCGGACGCAGAAAUCGUUGCGUCUGGAGUUUUAGUGGGAUUUUUCAUAUACACCAGCGUUGUUCUAAUUACUUAUUGCUUUGGCAACUCGUCGCACAAAAAGACACUUGUUGAAAUUAUAAUGAACUUCGUUGGAACCUUCAUGUUCAUUGCUGUAGGUGGCACAGCACUCCAUUAUUGGCACGGAUAUCAAUCAGAAAAUAAAUUCGAUACGAUUGUCCAGGAACGACAGGUCGGCCUAGCUGUUGGAUCGUUGUGCGUUAUCGAGGGUGCAGCGUAUCUCGUCGAUCUAAUAUUAAGCGUUCUACAUUUUGCGAAAAGCCACGAUGAAUAUUUAGAAUAAAGUCACGUUUCACGUAA